AUGCAAUGUUUGCGUCGGCAAUACCACUACAGUAACAUUGUGUGUUGCUUUUGGAGUUUGGAUAGGUGCUGGCUGAAAAUGGGGAUGCUGUUUUGUAGCCUGCUCAUUGCGUUGGGUGCAGACGCCCUCAUGGCCUGUUCCCUGGAAAACUACACACUGUACGUGAAUCGGCACGAGUGCGGUCACUGCAUGGCCAUCAACACAACCAUAUGCAGCGGAAUGUGUUUCACACAGGACACAAACGUGGCAGGAUUUGUGGGCAAGCGUUUCCUGAUUCAGAAGGGAUGUAUGCACCGUUCUUUGGUGUAUCAUGCUGCUACGAUGCCCGGCUGUCCUCUUCACAUUGACCCAGUCUUCUUCUAUCCCGUGGCCCAUCGAUGUCGCUGCAUGAAAUGCAACACGGCCAGAAAUGAGUGUGAGCAUAAGCCCAAGAGGAUGCGCAACAAAUGUUCCAAACCCCUGCGUGCAGUUUAAAUUUAAGGGAUGAAAGAUUUCUCUUCUCUCAUUAAGAUUUAGUUUUGAUAAACUUUUUGCUAACUUUGUUUCUUUGUUUAAAAGCAAGAAAAGUAGGACUGAAUAAAAGCUGGUGGUUUUAUAAAAUGCAUGCUAUAUAUGAAGAUAUGAUUAUAAUAUUAUAACUAUAAUUAUUUACAUAAAAGUUACUUUCAUGAGAAAGUGUCUUAGUUUUGCUAGGAAUGUGUUUGUUUUAGUUGUCUAUGACUGUACCUGCUGUGUUUUAAAAAAUGAA